UUCUGGCUAUUGGAUCUUGCCAGUCUUUCCUCUGCAGCUCUGGCCUUGCGCUCCGCGUGCGAACUGACCAUGGCUGGUUCCCCGCGAGCCACGCUGCUCCUGCUGGCCACGCUGGCCGUGGCCCUGGCCGUGAGCUCCGCGACCGGCGCUAGCUCCGGCCUGCGAAAGCGCCUACUGGGCGGCUUCAUGGACGCCGACGUCAACGAGGAGGGUGUGCAGCAUGCGCUGAACUUUGCCAUGAGCGAAUACAACAAGGCGAGCAAUGACAGGUACCACAGCCGCGCGCUGCAGGUAGUGCGCGCCAGCAAGCAGAUCGUGGCUGGGAUGAAAUACGUGCUGGAAGUAGAGAUUGGCCGGACCACGUGUACCAAGUCCCAGGCCAAGUUGGACGACUGUCCCUUCCAUAAGCAGCCACAUCUGCAAAGGAAAGUGCUCUGCUCUUUUGAGAUCUAUAGUAUUCCCUGGCAGGACAAAAUGACCAUGACAAAGUACAGUUGUCAGAACGCCUAGGGGUCUGUGCCAGGCCUGGCUGCACUGAUCACCUCUUCCCCACAUCCUGUACCGCCUGCUGGUGUCCUGUCCUGAGAUGGAGAGCCCCCCCCAACAGGUCUCCCUGUGCACCAGCUCUGGGAGGCAGGUAGAGGAGGCUUCCCGAGGCCUGUGCUGAGCAGUCACGUGGCUCUACACAUGACUCAAAUUUGCUGGACCAUGGUGCACACACUCACUCUCACCUGCUUCAAUAAAAAAUAGCAAUGGC